AUGGGCAUCAGUGCAGCUGAGAAGACCAUAAUGGGCUUGAUUGACCUAUUUUACAAAUACACUGGGGAAGAUGAUAAGAUAGACAAGCACAACUUGUUGAAGAUGUUGAUGGAGAAUAUCCCCAAUUUCCUGAGUUGCUGUUUGAAAAAGGGUAAAGAUUACUUGGCCCAUGUCUUUGAGAGAAAGGACAAGAAUAAGGAUGGGAAGAUUGAGUUUUCUGAGUUCUUCUCCUUACUGGGGGAUAUAGGCACAGACUACCACAAGCAGAGCCACGGGGCACCACCCUGUACUGGGGAAACCAGUGAUCCACGUUCAGAUCCCUAA